AACAGGCGGGGGAGGGGCCUGUGACGUCACCAAACAUGAGCAUGUUCUGGACCCUUCAGUUUUCUUCUCUCAGCUGAUGGUGACGUUUCACUUUGGAGCAGCAGCAGCAGUAGCCUAAACGACCUCCUCGGUUUUUCUGGCCUGGAAGAAACUGGCUGUGUAGCGGAGAAUUUUGCUCUCGGGGAACAUCGUCGUUCGGGCGGUCGUGCGGUGGAAAGAGGCGCCUUUUGUGCGGCUGUGACCGGGCGGAUCCGGAGGGGACCAGCAGCGGCUGCCUGGCGGCCGGUGACCGGAGCGCUCCCUCGAUAGGCCGAUAAGGAGAGGUGUUGUAGAGGAGUGCAAGAGGGGACAUGGUGGACUACUAUCAUGUCCUGGGAGUGCCCAAAAUUGCCUCAGAUGACAUCAAGAAGGCGUACAGGAAGUUGGCGCUGAGAUGGCAUCCAGACAAAAAUCCCGACAACAAAGAGGAAGCAGAGAGAAAGUUCAAGGAACUGGCUGAGGCCUAUGAAGUCCUGUCUGACAAGAGUAAACGUGAGGAAUACGACAGAUAUGGCACUGACAGAAUGCGAAACACAGGUUCCUCCAGCACAGACUUUUCCUCAGAUUUCCCAGGAUUCACCUUCACAUUCCGUAACCCAGAUGAUGUGUUCAGAGAGUUUUUUGGUGGCCAGGAUCCUUUUGCUAGUUUCUUUGAUGACUUCUCAUCCUUUGGAGGUCCAUCUUCUCGUCUCGGCCCAAGUCGUUUCUUCUCUUUUCCCUCAGCAGGAGUUGAUUUUACCUCCUUCUCUUCUUCCCUGGGUGGCGUGGAUACAGUGGGGAGCAUGGGAGGAGGGAUGGGCAACUUCCGAUCAGUUUCUACCUCUACUCGCAUCAUAAAUGGCAAGCGCACCACCACUAAAAAGAUAAAGGAGAAUGGGCAGGAAAGGGUAGAGAUUGAAGAGGAUGGCGUAUUAAAGACUGUCCUAAUUAAUGGAGUGGAGGAUGAAAUGGCGCUCGCACUGGAGCUCAGCCGACGAGAGGAACAGCCCUAUCAGCCAAAUCAGAAGCCACGCCUCCAACAGCACAGAUCCCCCGCCAUGUCUGACAGAUCCCAUCGCGCCAGCCCCUAUUCUGCCUCCUCACAUCGGUCAUUUAGCUCCACCCCCUUAAUCCACUACGGCCGACCUGUGCUCAGUGCUGAGGAUGACGAAGAUGAUGAAGAUCUGCAGAUGGCGCUGGCAUGCAGUCUGUCGGAAAUGGAAGCCCAGCAGAGAGCAGCUGCUACUGACUUCAUAUCAGACUCAGACUUCAAGGCCUUCACAAGUUAACCGGAUUGGCUCAUGCCUGUGCGGUGGUGCGGCCCCGCCCUGAGGUUUAAAGUCAAUCCCCCAUGAUGCACCUGUCUCUGCCUACCACGGUUUCUACCUGCUGAAUGAUAUUUUUGUGCGGGGGUGGGGGAACAUCACAGAAACAAUAGCUUUUUUAUUUAUACAUGAGUGUGUCCAUGCAGGAGCGCAUAAUGGAAACAAAGACUGGAAUCUUCAGAUAACAUUUCCAGUCAUUUCUGUGUUGAAGUUAUAUUAUUUUGAGAGAACAAUUUUACCUGAAAAUGGAAUCUAAUAAAUACAGAAGACCAAAACGUCU